UCUCUAGCCUCUUCUCAUUAUUUGUACAUGUUAAUGAAAUACUAUCGGAUGGGUUUUUCUGUCACACUAGAGGAGUGUGUAUGACAAAAUUGCUUUUGACAGUUCUCUAGUCACAACGGUACAAGUGCAGCUGCAGUGACCAGACAUGUCUGCAUGUGCUAAACUUUUGUCGCUUGCCAUAGUUUUUCAUCUCUGGUGGUCUGAUGCAUUUAUGCCAAAUCCUGUAUUUUCGUUUCCACCUCCAGGGUCUGCUGUCACUGAAGAACCUGGCUUGAAUCCUUCAGAUUCAUUUGACAAGUUUGAUUCAGCGCAGUGUGGAUCUCCUCUUAGGGAUGGAUCAUGGAGUCACCAGGAUAUUGUUCGAAGAGCCUGCCUCAAUGUUGUAGCAAAGUUUUAUGAAGAAACAAUGCCUAUAGUAACUACAGGAAGUGUACAAUCACUCCCCCAUCUUACCCCUACAACACUGAUGAGAUCUGUGUUUGGAUCUCAAGCAUCUAGUGCUAAAUUUGAGCAAGCAAUUAUAGAUUUGGAAAGAGCAGCAGCUAGAAUGGAUCUGUUCUAUGAAGUGAAUGCCACAUUGGAUCAGGCUGCCAACAUAGCAAGAGUACACUUUGACGAUGAAGAGUUUGAAUUGGGUCAUAGAUAUCUACUGCAACUUCGACGUCAAAUGUUCAGUGCUCUCCAACAAGGAUCAGAGUCUGCCGCAAGAGACUUGGCUGGUCGAUAUAUGUUUACUCUCCAAGACUUUUAUGCUCACUCAAAUUAUGUAGAACUAGGACAUGAUGAACCUUUAGUAGAGCUAGGAAUGCCUGGAUCUGCAAACUUUUUGAAAACAGUAGCAGGGAAGAGUGAAGCAACAUGUGAUGAUUGCAGGACUGCUACUGAUACUUUAGCAUGUUCCAAUACUUGCAAUCGAAACACUGCAAGGUACAGCCGUUUGACUAGUGGAUAUCUGUUCUAUCCAAAGGAGAGAGUGGGACCUGGCUACAGAGAAAAACCUAGCAGGAAAUGCAGUCAUGGUGACCCAGUUGAUCAGUCAAGGACACAUUCAGCAACUGGUGGCAUCAAUAAGAGUACAAAAAACUGUAUCAAAUCUCCUCAUUAUGAUCUUCAUGAAAAGGCAGCCCAGCUUGCAAUCAAGGCAACAGAAAAUUUUCUUUUGUCUAUCCGUGUUGUUGUUGGUGAUGACAAAUUUCUCCAAUUUUUCUCUCUUGGCACAACUGUGCAAGGGUCUUCUCUGUGUUUUGUUGUUGACCAGUCUGGGAGCAUGGGAGAUGACAUUAUUGCUGUACGCAAUCGAGCAAAGCAGAUUGUUCAGAGCAGCAGCCAACCAUACAACUACAUUCUUGUCCAAUUCAAUGAUGAUGAUCAAACUCCAGCAUUUGGACCUCCCAUUGUCACUCAAGAGUCAAAUGAGUUUCUGAAUCAUUUGGACAAUCUACGUGCUAGUGGUGGUGGUGACUGUCCUGAGCUAGCAAUGAGUGGAUUACAACUGGCUCUAAUUAACUGUCUUCCAGGCUCUCCAAUCUAUGUGUUCACUGAUGCUGGUCCUAAAGAUUCUGGCCUAAAGGCUACCAUAUUCAGUCUGAUUGAUAGUCGCAAGAGUCAGGUGAACUUUUUCUAUACUGGUUCUUCCCCUCCAUGUGGUGAUGCGCCAGAUCUUUUCUCUGCUAUUGCAUCUCGUUCUGGUGGACAAUUCUUAAGUAUUACAAAGGAUGCUGUUGCUGAAGCAACAACCAUAACACAAUCAUCAUCUGAUGAGUCUCAGGUAGUACUCUUGACAGCAUCAAGUAAUACGAACAGCAAGACCUACAACAUUUCCGUCGAUUGCACAGUGACUGGGCUAGUUAUUUCUCUCAGUGGAGCUAAUCCUCAAGCAGAAGUGACAGGUCCAGAUGGUGUUGUUGUUAGUGGUGAGAGAGUUUCCUUGCCAAAUGUUCUAGUCAUUACUGUCACAUCUCCAGCCACAGGAAAUUGGAUGGUCAAGACAUCAUUUAGUAGUAGUGAUCACUCAGUUAGCGUCAAGGCAUCUAGCACUAUUGAUUUCUCACACGAAUUUGUGACCAUUGAUGGACGUCCAGGACACUGUGGUGCUUUUCCACUCAGUGGUCUUCCUAUAGCAGGUACUCUGAGCAAAGUAAUAUAUUCUAUCCGUGGGUUGGAAGAUCUUGUCUCUGUGGAUGGUGUUGAUUUAAUUGACACUGAAGGGGACGUAAUUGACAGCAAUGACCUUGAGAAAGGUCCAGUUCACUCCACACAUUUAUAUGGUGCUGCCUUCAUUCCACCCAGCCAAGAUUUUCGUUUUCGUUUACAUGGUUAUGAUAAAUGUGGCAAUCAAUUUAGUAGAUUCUCAACAACAACAGUGAAAGCUCAGACAGUUGCAUUCAGUCCUAAGGGUAACAUUGAAAGUGUAGUCAGUCCUGGUAAAUUCACUAAUGCAACCUUUGAGCUGUACAACAGCGGAGAGACAAGCGACUUUGAUAUAGAAGUUCAUGAUGAUCUUGGUACUUUAGAAAGUCUUGAUGUAGAAAUUUUAGAUGUUGGUGUUGAUGAUUUGUUUGGAGGCAGACGUCGUCGUGGCAGUUCUCGAUUGGCGAAAACAGUUACAUUGAAACAAAACCAGGCAGCUAAAGUGACUGUGACAUUUGGACCUCCAAAAGAAGCAAAAAUUGGCAGUGUGAACACAGCUACUGUUACUGCUUCAUCUCAAGACGGAAAAACAUUUAACUAUGCUGUCUUGCAAAUUGCUGUUGUUCCAGAAGUGGAUGAUGAAACACCACCAACAUGCAGCAUACUGUCGAAUACAGCUUGUGAUGAUGUACAAGUUCACUACUGCAAUGAGAGUACAUGGGAGGUGACAGCAAGAAUUCAGGACACUGGUGUUGGGCUGCAGAAUGUAAGGAGUCGUCAAAGAGAUGUGCAGUUUUCUCAUGCAGCAUUUGAGAGUGCAACAACUUCUAGCGUGGAUAUAGUUGCAAUGUCAUCUUGCUGCCAUCUAUCAGUAGAUAUUGAGGUCUCUGAUGUAGUGGGUAAUCUCAAGACUUGUGGAGUUGCUAUACCACCGGGAAUAGAAGACGGUGACAUCUCUCUAGAGACUAUACUGUUGCCUGUCAAUCGCUCGGGAGUUGUUGUAGCUCGUAUUGCUGUUGUGAAUAGAACAACCUUGUUUUACUCAGUUAAUGCCACUGGUGUGCGUGCUACUGCAUUUCGUCUAUCAACUCCUGAAGGAAUCAUUUUUACUAUUGGUGGUUUAACUGCAGGAAAAACACUAUCUGGAUACCAUGAAAUAGAAGGACGCCAUGUGCCUAGCAUAUAUUCUCGCCAAGCUACAGUGUCACUGGUGUCAAAUGAGUUUCCAGGAGGAGAGAUCACAAGUAAACUAGUUCGUAAUGGUCCUUCAAUUGUUCCCGAAUUCACUGCUCUAUUGAAGUGUCUCAUGUCAGAUGGAUUGUGCAGAUAUGGUGGGUAUGCAGGUAUUAGUUUGAACAAUACAAACUCAUUGGCUACUCUAUCUUUGGUGUUGCAACAUCAAUCUGCUACACAUCUUUACGCAGAACUGCUAGGACCAGAUGGAAGCAGAAAGCCUCUAGUUGACACUAAUUUUCUUAUCACAGAGUCUUCUUCUAGUCCACCAUACAAAACACCUUCAGCAUUCUCUAGUCCUGCCAUUGAUAAAUUUGGGGUUACCACAAUCUCAAAACAAAUACAAAUCAUGUCUCUGUAUGCCCAAUAUCUUCGACUAGGAGAGCUGUCUAUUGUUGUUGCUGUUGAUGAUGUUACUCUUCAAGGAAAGUUCAAUGGUUUGUGUGGAGUAUGUGAAAGUGAUGAUCAACCAGUAUGUGCAUCAAAUGGUCAAACGUUUAUAACAGAAUGUGCACUGAAGACAGAAGUUUGUGUGAAUAGUUCAGAUAUAUUCAUGCUUUACAAAGGACGUUGUCAAGGUAACACUAACUAUAUUGAACAUGGUCAAACUGAAUUCAGGGCAUCAUCAAACAGAGAACAUUGUAAGGUUGUGUCUGUACCACACAGUCGGCUGUACCCUCAUAAGGACACCAAAGUUAUACUAUCAGUCAGUGAUCCAAAGGCAACUGUAGCACCUGCUGUGUGGACUAGAAGAGUUACUCACAAAGAAUUGGAGGUGUGUGUCAGACGGCAGAGACCAGAAAGCAAUGGUCAUCGAUUUCAUGUUGAUUGGCUGUUGUAUCAAGAUGCUCCAACAGGAUCACAAGCAGGCAGCAUAACAAUGAGUCCAUUUGGUGUAGGCAUUGUUUGCCAGAGUGUGUCUUCAUCGAAAUUCAGACCUAUAAGAAAACCAGUUGUUCUGGCUGCUAUAGAUGCAACUAAAGUCAUUGGAAGUUAUGAACCGGUUGCUGUCUUUGUGGAGUCGGUGACAUUGUAUUCAUUCUCUCUUUGUGUUAAUGAACUUCGGUUGUUCUCAGGCAUUCAUGCCAACAUAACUGUUAACUGGAUUCGAUUUUCUAUCAAGACUGGCUUUGAAGGGCUAAAGAGUAAUUCAGAAUCAAACUCUGUCGUAAUGUGGCCGCUUAGUUCACACUUUACUCUUCGAUCAAAAUGCAAGUGGCAGAGGUUUUCUCAACUAUAUUCGAAACCACCCAGAGUUAUUGUCACACUGCUAUAUGUUCAUCGUAGAUCUUUUUGUCAACAGCCUAUUCUAGCGUGGACGCACAAUGUGACUCGGUUUGGAUUCUAUUGUUGUGUCACUCAAACAAUUUGUAGUGUAACAGAAGUUGGGAGGAAUAGUGUUGAGGUCUCAUGGCUUGCAAUUGAAGAUAUUUGUCUCCAUGGUUGGGUUGAACUGAAUGGUUACUGUCACAAAGCCAGUGAUACUUGUUUGUCAUUCCGUCGGGCAAAAGCUCACUGCUCGGUCAUCAGUCGAACAGCAAAAGUAUCUGUGGCUCGUAGCUAUGCUCAUAAUUUUUUCCUUGGACAACUUACUCAAAAUCCAUGGGUUAAUGUCAAUUACUUCAAUUUGUUCAAUAAUUGGGGGAAUCAGAAUGACCAAAAUUAUCCGGAAAAUUUCUGUCCGUUUAUAUCAAAUGAUGGUAACUAUACAUGGAAGAUCGAUAACUGCAACAAAUGUCACAAUGUCAUAUGUCAGACUGAUAUUGAUGAGUGUGCUCUGGGACUGCACAAUUGUCAUACGAAUGCCACUUGCAUCAACACAUUUGGUGGAUUCCAGUGUACAUGUAAUGCUCCUGCUUUUAGAGGAAAUGGAACCCAUUGCAAGAUUGACAGAUGUGUUACUAACAUGCACAGAUGCCAUGAACAUGCAACCUGCAAUAGAAGAAAUAACUCGAGAGGCUACACUUGUACUUGUAAUCAUAAUUAUGUUGGAAAUGGGUUCUUCUGUACUUUGGAUGAAUGUGUUGAUGUAUCCGGAAGUGGUGAAAGUGAAUAUCCAUUCUCAGGAAAUGGAUUCUCAUGUGCCAAUUGCCGUGUGAAAAAGAUUAAUCAGCUUUAUUAUACCACAACAAUAAUUCGCACUGAAAAGCCAUGUUUCACUCUUUUUCGCUGUACUAGAUACAAGCAUGUACGGGUUCCCCAAUAUCGGACAAGGUACUAUCAUAGUCAGGUUGGUUGCAGGAGUUAAACUUUUCUACCUGCACUCAACUGUACUGUUGGUAUCUGAGUUGGUUUUGCGUUGAGAAGUUGAGUAUUCUUCGUUGUUUGUCACAGUUCUGUAGGUUUAAAUUGUUAUUGCAGUGCAUUUCAAUUUACUGUUGAAAAAUCA